CCAAUCAGGCGCCGGCAUCGUCGUGCAAUCGCUCGUCAGAUUAUGGUGCGACAGACAGGACGAGAGUGAGGGGGCAACUGGCAGCAGCAGACUCCUGUACAAGAAUAAGUAACGUUAGUGACUCUUUAGCUGUGUCGUUUUCACCGGGGAACGAUUCCUGUACUUCGAGGAGGUGCUACUUUCAUUGACAAGGUCCUGUGCCAUCCAGUGCUACCAUGUCGGCGAAAGCCAUCUCAGAGCAGACAGGAAAAGAGUUCUUGUAUAAGUAUAUCUGCACCUCAGCGGCCGUGCAGAACCGCUUCCGCUAUGCCAGUGUCACCUCUGAGACUGACUGGGACCGCCUCUCACAGGAGCAUCCGUGGCUGCUGACAGAGCGGCUGGUGGUAAAGCCAGAUCAAUUAAUCAAGCGGCGUGGGAAGCUCGGUCUGGUGGGCAUCAACCUGGACCUGCAGGGUGUACGAGAGUGGCUCAAAGCCCGUCUCAUGAGAGAGACCACUGUUGGUAAGGCCAAGGGUGUGCUGAAGAACUUCCUCAUUGAGCCAUUUGUUCCACACCCACAGGAUGAGGAGUUUUAUGUGUGUAUUUAUGCCACACGUGAGGGCGACCAUGUGCUUUUCCACCACGAGGGAGGAGUGGAAGUGGGUGAUGUGGACGCCAAGGCCCAGAGACUGAUGGUUGCAGUGGAUGAGAAGCUGAGUGAGGACCAAGUCACAGAGCACCUACUCACACACGUUCCUGAUGAAAAGAAAGAAGUCUUGGCCAGUUUUAUAGUUGGACUCUUUAACUUCUAUGAGGACCUCUACUUCACCUACCUUGAGAUCAACCCUAUAGUCGUCACCAAAGAUGGAGUGUACGUCCUCGACAUGGCAGCCAAGAUUGAUGCCACAGCAGAUUACAUCUGCAAGGCUAAAUGGGGUGAUGUGGAGUUUCCACCACCCUUUGGCAGAGAAGCAUAUCCAGAGGAGGCAUACAUAGCUGAUCUGGAUGCAAAGAGUGGUGCCAGUCUGAAGCUGACCCUGCUGAACCCAAAUGGCAGGAUCUGGACCAUGGUGGCUGGAGGAGGGGCUUCAGUAGUCUACAGCGACACUAUCUGUGACCUGGGCGGUGUGGAUGAACUGGCCAAUUAUGGCGAGUACUCUGGCGCUCCCAGUGAACAGCAGACUUACGACUACGCUAAAACCAUCCUCUCUCUCAUGACACGGGAGAAACAUCCUCAAGGGAAAGUGCUGAUCAUCGGAGGAAGUAUUGCCAACUUCACCAAUGUGGCAGCCACAUUCAAGGGCAUUGUCAGGGCCAUCAAAGAUUACCAAGGUCCUCUGAAGGAGCACGAAGUCACCAUCUUUGUUCGACGUGGCGGGCCCAACUACCAGGAGGGGCUGAGGGUCAUGGGGGAAGUAGGAAAGACCACAGGUAUUCCCAUCCAUGUGUUUGGUACUGAGACCCAUAUGACGGCCAUUGUUGGAAUGGCUUUGGGCCACCGGCCAAUCCCUAACCAGCCUCCAAUGGACGCACAUACAGCGAACUUCCUCCUCAAUGCCAGCAGCAGUGCAAUGACUCCAGCUACAACAAGGACAGCUUCAUUCUCUGAAUCAAGGAAGUCUAACGAUGUCACCCCAGCCAAAAAGUCUAAAGCAGGUCUUCCAGCAGACUCUCUUCAUUCUAUACUGUGGCCUCUGAAGAAUGUGGUCACAGGCGAUUGGAAAGAAGCGCAAGCUUCUUCAGGCUGCAGCGGAGCCAAAGCCACCACACUCUUCGGAAAACAAACCAAGACCAUUGUCUGGGGCAUGCAGACACGUGCCGUACAGGGCAUGCUGGACUUCGACUAUGUAUGCUCCCGGGAUGAACCCUCUGUGGCAGCCAUGGUCUACCCCUUCACGGGGGAUCAUAAACAGAAGUUCUACUGGGGCCACAAGGAGAUCCUGGUGCCGGUCUAUAAGAACAUGGCCGAUGCCAUGAAGAAGCAUACUGAGGUGGACGUCCUGAUCAGCUUUGCUUCACUGCGCUCAGCCUUCGACAGCACUAUGGAGGCCAUGCAGUACCCACAGAUUCACACUAUCGCAAUCAUAGCUGAGGGCAUUCCUGAAGCUCAGACAAGGAAGAUAAUUAAAGUGGCUGAUGAGAAAGGUGUCACCAUCAUCGGCCCCGCUACGGUUGGUGGCAUCAAGCCUGGCUGUUUUAAGAUUGGUAACACAGGUGGCAUGCUGGACAACAUUCUGGCUUCGAAACUUUAUCGUCCUGGCAGCGUGGCAUAUGUGUCGCGCUCUGGGGGCAUGUCCAACGAGCUGAACAACAUCAUUUCCCGCACCACAGACGGCGUCUGUGAAGGUGUGGCCAUCGGAGGCGACAGAUAUCCAGGCUCCACCUUCAUGGACCACGUCCUUCGUUACCAGGACACUCCAGGGGUUAAGAUGAUAAUAGUGCUGGGAGAGAUUGGAGGCACAGAGGAGUACAAGAUCUGCCAAGGCAUCAAAGAGGGCAGGAUAACCAAACCUGUGGUGUGCUGGUGUAUUGGAACCUGCGCCACCAUGUUCACUUCAGAGGUUCAGUUUGGCCAUGCAGGGGCCUGUGCCAACCAGGAUUCAGAGACAGCAGUAGCCAAGAAUCAGGCUCUGAGGGAUGCUGGCGCUUAUGUACCAAAGAGCUUUGAUGAGCUGGGGGAUGUCAUUAAGACCGUUUAUGAUGAACUGGUGGCCAAUGGUACCAUCAUUCCUGCCGACGAGGUGCCUCCCCCAACAGUGCCUAUGGAUUACUCUUGGGCCAGGGAGUUGGGCCUGAUCCGUAAGCCAGCCUCAUUCAUGACUAGCAUCUGUGACGAGCGAGGCCAGGAGCUCAUCUACGCUGGCAUGCCCAUCACUGAGGUCUUCAAAGAGGAGAUGGGUUUAGGAGGAGUGCUGGGCUUGCUUUGGUUCCAACGCAGGUUGCCGCGCUAUGCCUGCCAGUUCAUUGAGAUGUGCCUGAUGGUGACUGCUGAUCAUGGGCCUGCCGUCUCUGGUGCACACAACACCAUUGUCUGUGCUCGUGCUGGCAAGGACCUUAUCUCAAGCCUCACCUCCGGCCUGCUUACCAUCGGGGACCGUUUUGGAGGUGCUCUGGAUGCAGCUGCGAAGCAGUUCAGCAAGGCAUUUGAUAGUGGCAUGCUGCCCAUGGAGUUUGUCAACAAGAUGAAGAAAGAUGGCAAGCUGAUCAUGGGCAUUGGCCACAGAGUCAAAUCAAUCAACAACCCAGACAUGCGGGUGCAGAUUCUGAAGGACUUUGUUAAGCAGCAUUUCCCCUCCACCCAGCUCCUCGACUAUGCACUAGACGUAGAGAAGAUCACUACCUCCAAGAAACCCAACCUGAUCCUCAAUGUAGACGGUUUUAUUGGUGUUGCCUUUGUGGACCUGCUUAGGACGUGUGGGGGCUUCACAAGAGACGAGGCUGACGAGUUUGUGGAGAUUGGUGCACUAAAUGGGAUCUUUGUCCUUGGCCGCAGUAUGGGCUUUAUUGGACAUUACCUGGACCAGAAGAGGCUGAAACAGGGUUUGUACCGCCACCCCUGGGAUGACAUCUCCUAUGUGCUUCCUGAACAUAUGUCCAUGUAAUCUCCACAUUACAGAAUGGGACGCACUUCCAGAUGCGACUGGCCAAAUAGGUCAGGCAGCAUUACACAUCUCACUCACCGUAUAUGUACUCUCCGGUUAUGACAACAGCGGCCUUGGGAAAACUGGCCAGGGUGAUUCUGGAAAAUGGAAGUACUGUCUGGCUGAGGGAUCUGGGUAGAAGUUUUCAAUCUUGUUUUUACGGAGAAAAAGGGGAAGUCAAUAUUUUGAUUUUUGACUAAUUAUUUUAAGUCUGAGAUGUUACUUAAUUUAGUUUUGACCACCGACCCAAACCAAUACAAACUUUAGCAGUUGCAGAAGCACAAAAUUAAUUGGUACUUGGCAUGUUUCAAAGCACAUUUAAAACCUGACUCCUGCAUUAAGGAGUCUGAUUAGGUAAUAUGCAGUAACAGCUGCUGAUGUAAAAUUUGUUCAAGCUCAAUAUCUUUUUUUUUUUUUUUUUUUAUUCUACUUGCAAAAACUAAUAAAAAUGGAUUUAUUAUAAUCAGCAUUUGCCUAUUUUAGGCCAUACGAAAAUGUGCUCAAUUAUGCUGUCUGUCUCUGAGUAUUGCAGCUUAGUGACACCAGCAAAUAAUGUCAGUUUUAAAUUCCUCCAAGUUUCAAUCCCACUAAAAAAAAGACCGUUGUCAUGACAAGAUAAACCAAAGUUAUUUUUAGGAAUUUGUUGUCUUUGUUAAAAGUUUUAAAAAAAAAUAAAACGGGUCCAGUGGUUGAUAUUACAGAGUUUAUCUAGCAUUGUAAUGGGAUAAAGGAAUUAAACUAAUUUAGGUGUCACUUCACUAUUGCCUUUCCUAGAACAACCCUGGUUGUAAACUAGUGGUUGCAGUUUGUCACCUACUGUAAAUUAGAUGCAGUUUUAAAGGUGUUUUAAGUCCUUCACACCCAGUAUGAAUGGAACUACUUCUGUUGCUAUUCUGUGUUAAUGUUU